AUGGGAGAAGAAAAAUUGCUUUAUUGCUACAAUAAAGGAUGUGGUACGAAGUUCGAUCCUGGCGAUAACAAUAAUGAUUCAUGUUUGUAUCAUCCUGGUGCACCAUACUUCCAUGAUGCAUAUAAAAUUUGGAGCUGUUGUAAUCAAAAAAGUACAGACUUCAGCACAUGGUUAAGUCUGAAGGGCUGCACACGCGGACAACACAGUAAUCAGAAAGCGAUAGCAGAAACGAAACCCAAAAAAUUGGAAACAAAAAUUAAAUCUCAAUUAUCAGAAGAAGUAAUCGUAUGGAGUGGCCUAAAUAAACCCGCAGCUAGACAUGAUUCAUUGAAGAUAAUGAAAGCGAUAAAGUUUGAAGUGACUGAUGGCGCUUUAAAAGGCAUUGAACGAUUCAAAUCUGAAAUAAAGGAAGACGCUGAAUCAGAUAUUCAUGUGGGCAUGUCAUGUAAAAAUACUGGUUGCGAAAAGGUUUAUGAAGGCGAAGGAAGCAAGGAUGAGAAGUGUAUGUAUCAUAGCGGUGUAGCUAUAUUUCACGAAGGAAUGAAGUAUUGGUCAUGCUGUGAGAAAAAAACUUCCGAUUUCGGCACUUUUCUUGAGCAGAAAGGCUGCACGAUGGGACAGCACUGUUGGACAAAAACAGAACGCAUUGACAAAAUUCGCGAAGACUGGUUUAGCGGGGGUGGCUUCAUUCAUUUGAAUGUUUACUGUAAGGGAGCCAUGCCAGAGUCUUGCAAAGUGGAAAGCAAUGGCCUUAUAUUGCAAUUAAAAGUCGUACAUGGUUUCGGUGCAAAAGAAACGCAGUUGAAUUACGAGCUUUUUGGUAGGAUCAAUGUAGAUGCAUCGAAGGUAAUAAUUGGUGAAAGAAAACUGGAGUUAGUAUUAAAACAGGAAGAUAUAGCAAGCUGGCCACGGUUAACGUAUGAUGCAAAAAAUGUUGAAGCAAAGGCUAAUUGA